AUGGAGAUGCAGGGAAUGGCACCCGAUGCUCUCGAGACUGCUCUGAGGGAGUACUUUGGUCAUGCGGCCUUCCGCGGCCAGCAGAUGGAGGUGGUCCAGGCGAUCCUGGCGGGCCGAGAUGUCGGGGUCUUCUGGACCACUGGCGCGGGCAAGUCGCUGUGCUACCAGCUUCCCGCGGUUUUGGGCCACACCGUGCUGGUGGUCUCCCCGCUGAUCUCACUGAUGCAGGAUCAGGUCCAUCGCUUCAAUGCGACCGUGGGUGCCCAGGGCUCCUGCAGCCGCCUCCGCGCCGUCUUCCUGGGCUCAGCCCAAUUCGACCCUCGUGCAGAGGCAGCCGCGCUGGCCGGCGAGUUCUGCCUGGUCUAUGUGACGCCUGAGAAGCUGACGUCCUCCAACUUCCUCUCACGGCUGAGGAGUAUGCCGAAGCUGCUGGCAGCAAUUGAUGAGGCCCACUGCAUCUCCGAGUGGGGCCACGACUUCCGACCUGCCUACCGCAGCCUCCGGGCACUGCGUGAAGAGUUGCCCCAGCUACCGCUCAUGGCGCUCACAGCCACCGCAUCCCCCCGCGUCCAGGAGGAUAUCGUGCAGCAGCUCAAGCUUCGACAGGCGCUGCUGUCUCGCAACUCCUUCGACCGCCCCAACCUGCAGAUCCGCUGCAGCCGGAAGACCUCCCGGGCGGCCGACUACCGGAGGAUCGCUCAAGACAUCGCGGCCAUGAAAGGCAGCACCAUCGUGUACGCCAUGACGCAGAGUGAGACUGAAGCACUCGCCGGCUUUCUCCAGAAUAACGGUCUCAAGGUGGCUGCCUACCAUGGCAGCCUGUCCUUAGGGGAGCGUGAGGAGGCGCACGUAUCGUUUCUGAACGGCCAGAUCCCGGUCAUCGUCGCAACCGUGGCGUUUGGAAUGGGCAUCGACAAGCCGGAUGUCAGGCGCAUCAUCCACUAUGGGCCCCCGAAGACGGUGGAGGAGUACUUCCAGCAGAUCGGCCGUGCUGGCCGCGACGGCUUUGAGGCCGUCUGCGAGCUGAUCUCUGCCGAUAGCGACUUCGGGAGCUACAGCUCAGAGUUCUACCUGAAGGGCCUGAGCGAAGAGCAGCGCAAGGUCGUUCAGGGCUCCACGCAGCGGCUGCGUGCCUUCGCUAGCACCAACACCUGCCGCCGGCGAUGGCUCCUGGAGUACUUCGGCGAGGAGCCAGCCUUCCCUUCGGGCAAGUGCGGAACCUGUGACUGGUGCCAGGCCUCUGAUUCAAGCACGGCUUCCGGGGCAGGAUCCUCUCGAGACUUCCGCGCGGCCGUGGCGCCGAUCCUGCGCGCCGUGGCAGCCACGCAGCGCUUCCCGCAGCCGAUCACCCAGAUCCUGGCCAUCCUCACCGGCUCCCGGAAGCCCGGGGCCAUGAGCAUCGCCGCCGCUGUAGCGGCGGCCCAGAAGGAGAUCCAGGAGAUGCGCCAAGCACUGCCCCAAGCAAUGAGGAAGGAGGCUGUCGUCCGGGAGCUGAUCCUCUCCCUUUGCGAGGCAGGGUACCUGGAGCGCUCCACGGUGGCCUCGCAGGCCAAGUUCCGCUCGAGCUUCGAGGUCUACAGCUUGACGGACUCCGGCCAGGCGGCUCUGAAGGCAAAGGCGCCAGUCAUGCUCCCAGUUUCCCUCGCGGUGCAGCAGCUCGAAGAGGAGGAGGAGCGGAAGCUCCGCGCGCGGCGAAAGGAGGUCGCCAGCUUCGGCUUGGAUGCUCAGAACCUGCCCCAGGAGGCCUUGGAAGACAACAGCCCGGUGGUCUGGUACAUACGGAAGCUCCAGCACUGGAAGGACAGUGGCAAGGCUGAGCUGGUGCGGAAGGCCGAGCAGCACGAGGAGCUCCGGCACAAGAUCUUGAAGUGGCGGGACGAAGCAGCCGUGCGCUUGCGGCUGGCGCCCGCCGCAGUCCUCUCGGAGCAUGCCGCCGUGGCCCUUGCCUACGUGCAACCCACCCUGGAGGGUGUGAGGAGCGCAGGCGUGCGCAUCGCCGGUGCCGAGUCCUUGGCGGCCCUGAUCGCCGAAGCCAAGCCUACGGCGGAGGUACAGGGAGAGAUAAAGCAGGUCGCCGCCGAGGGAGCGCAGGAGGUGCAAGGAAUCCCCUCGCCGGUGAGACUCCGGGUUCGGAUGCAGCUUCCUCCCGGCCUGGUAACUCCGCCCACGAAGUGGCCGGGAGCCAUCUACAAGCCUGGCAAAGGCGGCGCAAAGCCUCCCUGGGAGCACUCCUACGAUCGCUUCUGUCAAGGAGAGUCGCUGGAGAGCAUUGCGCUGAGUCCUGCAGCUGGUCGGCCGAUUCAGACCCCCACCGUCCGAUCCCACAUUCUGACGGCUUGGACCCAUGGAAAGCCUGUUGACCUGAAUCGCCUCUUUCAAGAUACCGCCUUGCCCUUGGAGACGGAGUGGCUGCAGAUGGAGGAAGCCGCAGCAACAGUCAAGGCCAACUUCGCUGCCGAGGUCAAGCUGAAAGAGAUCUUAGCCGCUGUGCUUGGAGAUUCUGUGAAUCGUGAUGCAGCCCUGAAGUCUGAUGCGGACAAGGAGCUUGAGCGCCAGUGGUAUGAGCGCCUGAGAGUCUGGGAAGCUUUCCGAAAGGUCGGCUUCUCACCUACAUUUAGUGAGGAACCGGAUGCUAAGAGACAACGACUGUGA